AUGGGCAGACUGGUUAAUAUAGAUUUUAUCAAUUGCCCACAUUCAGAAGUGCCGAAAGCGACAAAGUUAGAUACGUCAAUGACGCUCGAGAAAAUCCGCGGGGAGCUCUCGCAAUGUGAAAAUGGCGAAUCCAUUAUGAAGGACGAUAUGUAUUUUUGUAAUAUUGGACGCCCGUAUGUGAUAUCAAGGAGCAGAGAAGCAAACAUUUUUCUCUACGAGAUACUCGGUGACAACAAUAAUCUCUGCAUCAAGCGAAGCGAGAACCUUGAAAAAGUAGUGCCUCGUUUAAUUAAAGAGAAAAAGUUAGAUUGUGGCAUUCGAUGGACUGAAAAUGGACCAAAACAGUCUGAUAGCACAGCAUUCAAGUUUACCAGAUAUGAAUUUCUCUCAGUUCGCCGUGACUGUGGACGUAGUUUUGAAAAAAGUAACAAGAAACUCUGUGAAAAUGGCAUUGAAUGGAAACUAGAUUUGAAUAUGUCAUGGUUACCAUUUACCGGCUCGAUAGGCGCACGAUUUGCGCAAAAAGCAUCAAACGGAAUUGAACAUAAUUCACGGCGGAUAAUCCAAAGGCAUGAUCGAAAGGCAUUAUUGCUGAAAAGAGAACAUGUAAAACCUUCCGAGGAAUUUAGAAAUGAAGUAGAGCGAGCUUUGGAGUUGAGAAGUCAAAAGGAGAUGCGUAACGCACUGAAUGAAAUUUGCGAGAAAUAUGGGCAUUUUUGGGCGAGAACAGUACGACUAGGAGGAAUGAUUAUCAAAAACGAGGAAGAGCAUAAAGAAACCAAUGUUCAACCGAUUGGUGGGAAAAUCAGCAUUGAUGCCACGUUGAGAACAGCACCAUUGGAAACAAUGGGUGGGAUAAAUCGGAAUAAUGAAACGCUGAACCAAAACUCAUCUAGCAAUUUGGACAAGAUUAUAACAGUUAUUGGUGGAGAUGAGGCAGCUUACAAGUAUGAAGAUGAUACAGAACAAUGGCUUGAAACACUCCGAGAUCACUUUACCUUGGAGAUAGUGGAUUAUGAAGAUAUAGUUCCAAUAUUUGAAAUUUUUGAGGGAACUACACGAAAUACUAUCAUCAAAGCAUUUGGUCCAAGAAUAUGCUAUCAUGGGAUUAAUGAAUUGAAGCUCUCAAGAAAGACCAAAUAUCUAUGUGUGCGUCCACUAGAAAUCAAUUCUAAUGUAUGGGAGGGAAUUAGCCAGCAUCAAAUUUUUGCAGAAGUCAUGCGUGAUGACAAGGAUGAUGCAAUAUUUGCAGUGAAUAUUGAACAAAUGGCAAGUGGGCCACCAAACUUACAUGUAUCCAAAGUUCAGGAAAUUGGUAAUUUCAACAAUUUAUUUCGGAAGAGAUAUACACAUACUUUGAAAAUAGCCUACUUUAUCACAGGAUAUCCACAAUCAUUCAUCUUCCAAACAGUUGACGAAUUACCUGUUGAGGUUGGUGUUGUUGAAGGAAAAAAGAGAGAUGAUAAGUUUGUUGCUCCAUUGCCAAUGAUUCCAAAUAUUAAAGGCUUUAGUCAAAAAGUUGUCUUAAUCACUUGUUAUGUGACACAGCAGACUAUGCUGCUUGGCGAUUAUGUGAUAUUUGCAAUGCACCUUCACAAGGACAAUACCAAUAUUACUGAAGUAUGCAUUUCUGAUGUAGUAAUAACGGUUCUUGCAAAAUAA